CUCCUCCUUCUUUGCCACAUUCGCUCAGUCCCUGCCGAGUAACCUGCCAGGGACACAUCUACAGGAAAAACUGUUAGAGAUAAUAGAUUGAGAGGCGAGACACUGACAAGAAGCGAGGAAAGGGAGCUUGACAUCUGCCUUUUGGAAGAGUUCGGUCCCACCAUACUAACAUACCUGGCUGAAGACUAAAAUGGCCAAAGACAUGAAGAAUCGGCUGGCUUUCCUGCGGAGGAGGAAUGAAUCCCCAGGAAGCAACCCAGCCAGCAAGUUAGACAAAUCAAUGAAGUCAGUCAAGCCCACCCCAGAGGAAGCACUGAAAUGGGGGGACUCACUUGACAAGCUGCUGACACACAAAUAUGGUCUGGCAGCGUUCAGAGCUUUCCUGCGCACAGAGUUCAGUGAGGAGAAUCUGGAAUUCUGGCUAGCAUGUGAGGAAUACAAGAAGAUCAAGUCGCAGUCCAAGAUGGCCUCAAAAGCCAAGAAAAUCUUUGCAGAAUACAUCGCUAUCCAGUCUUGCAAAGAAGUAAAUCUGGAUUCUUACACCAGAGAUCACACUAAGGAUAACCUGCAGAAUGUGACACGCUCCUGCUUUGAACUAGCGCAGAGGCGGAUAUACGGGCUGAUGGAGAAGGACUCAUACCCCCGCUUCCUGCGCUCAGAACUCUACGUGGACUUAAUCAACCAAAAAAAGGCCAGCUCCACUCCGACGUCAUCUUCGUCAUAAGAGACCAGAAAACAUUUAAAGGAAAAGAUGACGAUGAGAGAGAAAAAACAGGGUCAGACUUGAAAAUAGUAGUGGGUGGGUGAGAUGUGAGGGUCUUUGUUUGCCUUUUUUUUUUACAUUUUCUUUGUGUAUGUCAUCCUGUCCACUAUGAUUUUUGUUGUUGUGGUGUGAGAGGACGUGGCAAAACUAUGGCACUGCAAAGGAAUGUAGUUUACACAGUUACCAAGUGGAUGGAUGAAUGAAUAGUCUGAUGAAUGGAUGGAUGGGUGUUCCUUAAAACACAGAAGCCAACAUACGAGGGCUUGAGCAGGGGUAGGACGCUUGUCUGAUCACUGUCUCUCUUUUUUGUGGUGUCAGUCUUUUGGUUGUGUUUUUGUCCAGUUGUACUGGAGAAAAGGAGGGGUUGCUCAGAAAACCCUGCAGACAUGAAGACAGUCCGGCACUGUUUUGUCACUUUUUUCCUUAAUUUCCCUUUUAAAACUCCCAUUUUAAAUUCCAUCCUUUCCUCUGCCACAUUCUCUGUAAAGCCACAUCAAAGCUGUCGGUACGACACAAAGUCCAUCAUGUUUUUUUAUGAGGCUCCAAACUGUAUGACGGAGGGGGAAAAAAGCAAUGUCUGAAUGAAAGCUAGCGUUAUCGCUCUGUUUCACAUGCAUCUCUGUAACAUACCUACACUCUCUCAAAGCUUCUAUAAACAGCUUUCACCUUAUUCAGUUCAUCCCAAGACUGCGGAAAGCGUACAACAGGGAUAACGACGGAGACGGCAACGGGCAAAGAACACAAACGUAUACAUAACGGAUGGACUGGAGCUGUGAAGAAACAAAGAACUGUGUCACUCUCACAUUAAAAGACAUUGAAAGUCACAUUCAAAGCCAGUAAUGGAAGAAAAAGACGACUUGCCUUCUGUCUCCAAAGACUGUUUACAACAAGGAAUGAAAACUGAAGAAAAAAAAAGUUCUGUGCAGCCAAAUGACAUUUCCUUUAACAUAGUAGCUCAUUCUGGACUAAUCGAGGAAGCAUUCUCAGGACAUUGCCAUGACAGGUUCCAGCUUGGUUUAUCCUGUUUUUCUACACACACAAACACACACACACACUCACAUUGUUUUUAUAUGUUUUAGGGUUCCAACCUGCACUCCCUAGUUCAACUGAGCAAUACACAAGAGGUUGCUCGUUUCAUAGUCAGAGGAAAAGAUAUUGCUUCAUGUUGUACAAAAGUUUGCCUAUUUAUUUAGAUUAACUUGCUGGAUGCUCCCUACAGACACCUUCACCUCCUCUAAAGCACUCCGCUUAAAGCUCUCACUUUCCUCUUAACCACCAAACAGGUCCAAUGCUGUCCUGAACUUUAAGUGCAAUAUUGUUUUUUAUUUUAUUAUGUUUGGUUUGUUCAUUUAUUUGGAUAAUUUUGAAUUUUUAUGGUGAAGACGAACGGCUUAAGCUCGGUAUUAACUUUAUUUGUUAAGAGAAAAAAAAGCGUAGAGCUAUAAGGUUGAGUUACAACGUAAACUUUCAAGAACCAUAAGUAGUUUAAUGAACUUUAAGCAAAUGAUUCUAACUGUGUUAACCCCCAGCAGCAGGCAGCUGGGGGGUGUUAUGGUUGUAAAUAUAAUUCUUUAAGAAAACUAUGUGAUAACACAUUAAAAACAAACAAAAACAAAACAACCCAUAGGUCUCUGCUGGUGAAUGUGGGACCCAGCUGUAUCUAUGUAAAUAUGAGAGACUUAAAAUUAUAAGAUGACAUGCAUUGUUUAAAAAAGUAAGUGAGCAAGAGCAGGUACAAUCUGCUCUUUCACUGGUCAUACACUGCUUGUAAGGAGUUCUGAAAUGCAUUUCAUCAUUUUCACUGUUUACAAUUCAAAAUGCAUCUCCUAUGAUAGCAAGUGAAAACAGUAGAGUACAUGUGGUGUCAUUGCUAAUGAUAAAUAAACCAACCAACUGAUG